AUGAUGGUAGACGGAAUUAUGAAGAAAUAUCCUGAAGAUAUGCUCAUUCAUAUCCUUUUGAGACUUCCACUGAAAUUUAUCUUGCGAUUCAAAAGUGUCUCCAAAACUCUUUACACUCUCAUACAAUCUUCAUCUUUCAUCAAUAUUCAUUACAACCACACAUUAAAUUCGACAUAUGAUAACAUUCUCCUAAAGCGCUCCUUCAAAGAAGACAUUGAAAGAUAUAAAGCUGUUUUUUCUUUUAUUCCUAAUGACGAUGAAGAUAAUUUAAAUACCGUUUAUCCAGAUCUAGAUGUUCCUUAUACGUCAAGUAUUUCUAGUGUUAAAAGUGAUAAGCUCAUCAAUUCUAGCCAUGGUUUAAUUGCUUUGAUGGAACCACGAACCACCAUCGUGUUCAAUACAUCAACUAGAAAUUAUAAACGACUCCCUCCUAGCCAUUUUCAAAUUUCGAAGGGAGAAUAUCAAUCGUUUGAAAGUGGUGGAUUUGGUUACGAUUCAGUUGUUAAUGAUUUCAAGGUUUUUAGAAUAUCUGAAGUUUUCAAGGAAGAUGGUUUCGGACACAUUAACGAUGGAGAGAAAAGGGUUGAGGUAUAUGAAUUGGGUAUUGAUAUUUGGAGAAAAUUGGAUCAUGUGGAUCAACAAUUGCCCAAAUUAUUUUGGUUGAAUUCUUCAAUGUCUUAUAAGGGUUGUUACCAUUGGAUUGCAUCAUUUGAAGGACAAAAAAUCAUUCUUUGCUUUGACAUGACAACCGAAAUUUUCCGAAAUAUACAAAUGCCAGCAGACACAAGCAAAUUUACAGAGGGCACACUUCAUAGCCUCCUAAUUUUGAAUGAGUCUCUAAGUUUGUUAUGUUACCCUUCAGUUAUUGAUCCAAAUACAGAUUUUAUGGAAAUUUGGAUUAUGAAGGAUUACAAUAUUUAUGAGUCUUGGAUUAAGAAGUACACAAUAAUUGGUGUUCCUACUGAAAACCCAUUAGUAAUGUGGAAAGAUUUUGUAUUGCUUUUUCAAAGCAAAAGUGGAUAUUUGAUGUCAUAUGAUCUUAAACAUGAUGCAAUCAAGGAAUUGAAUAUACAGGGCUGUCCAAAAUCAAUGAGAGUUGUAAUUUACAAAGAAUUCUUGACUCCCAUUCAAAGAGAAAGCUAAAUUGGUGAACAGGUUCAAAACUGUUAGACAAGUUUUUCCUCUUUUUCCCCACCUGAUACAGAGGUGGAGUUAGGUGGGGGUUCAUGGGUUCGGACGAAUCCAUUAGCUUUUUCGUAGACUCUAUAUUUGUAUUAGAAAAAUUAA